AUGUUUCCAAAAAGAUCCGACGUGAAUGUCCCCCAGCACCGAUACCCCCACUGUCUGGUUUGGUGUCCUCUACCAAUUAUAAGGUAAUCUGCCGUCCCCUUUAUCAUAUGCAUGUAGUUGGAUCUUUCCCCCAAUUGGUCACGUUGGAAUAGCCGACUCAAAAGGCAUCAUCUAUGACUUUGCGGGACCAUACUACAUUGGGGUACGUGGUGUUUUGUGUCCUUAUUGAUUAUUCCUUCAAAAUGUAGGAGGAUAAUAUGGCCUUCGGUUGGCCGACGAAGUACCACCAAAUCGACCUCAGUCUGGUAGGUGAUGCGGAUACGUGGGAUCGCGGUGUGUGGGAAGCGAAUGCCGAGUACAAGCAAAGAGUAGUAAGUUUUUACUGCUUGGAGCAUGCUUACUUAUUUUUUAUGAGUAUACGGGUCUAUAUUAUUGCCUAUUUUGCCUUGCUUCAGCACAAUCUGUGUUGUGACAAUUGUCACAGCCAUGUUGCUUACGCCUUCAACUCUAUGCGCUAUAACGGCAAGUCGAACUGGAACAUGUACAGUGUCUGGUGGUUCAUUUUUAUACACGGCAAAUACACGAAGUAAGUGGAUCCUGCCACGGACGGCGCUUCUAAUUUUAACAAAUAAUAUUUUCUGCACGUUCAUUUUCUCCCGACCUCGGCCAUAAAUCGUCAACUACCCUUCUUCCACCAAAACUGAAAGUACCAAACACGAGAGCGUUUAGGCACACUUAUUUUCUGCUACAUUUGUUGUUUAAUACAUUGUGGCUACCCGUGACCGAUGUCAAACCGGGGAAUCUUGAAGCCAAAUGGAUGCACCCAUUGGCCACUUUCCUCCUUGGCAGCCUGAAUUAUGGCAGCAAUCCAACCGUUUCGGGAAUCGGCGUAUGCGAUUGACUCCGGCCACCGUGCCUGUCUGUUAUGGCCGAGCUGCGCACGGAAGACUUGAUAGGAAAGGCUGCGCAUAGGGCCAAUAAACCGUGCUCGGGUAUUUCUCUGUCCAAGUGAUCGCUACCUCGGCCUUCAAUUGUGGCUUUCUCCAAAGUGGACGUGCAUCCGAAAUUUAUGCAUUGUUCUGCCCUCUAAAAAAACGGGUCCAUUCUUCUCACUUUAUUUGUGCAGGUCACUGGUCAUCUGCCGUAGAAGAGUGUCAAAUUAGAGGUCACAGUAGUUCUUUGUAGCCAGUGUCGCCAAUUUUUACAACCCACAGGACAAAAAUAUAAACCAGGCAUGCCCAUGAUGCCUUUGUCAUCAGACCGACGGGAAUGCCUUUGUCAUCCUCAAGCGGCUAUUGGCCUUUGAAUCCCGCAGUUUCCUUAAUUACAUUUUCUGGAACAUCCAGCUGACAGUGGAAGCGGAGAACAACCAGAUGCCGUCCCGGGACAUUCAUUUUCAUCAUGCGACCGACGGCAGCCUAAGUUGCCAGAGCAAACACCCCAUACGACAGCUGUAGCUGUGUUCAAACUUAACAUAUAACCCCACUCCCCUCAUGACUAAUGAGUGUCGCCGCAACUCGAUCGAACGCAGUAGAUGGCAGAACCAAGCUUAAGUUCAGUGACAGCAACCGAAAAUCUGGCGCUCACCCCCAUGCCCUGACGGCCUUUCCGACGCAGUCGCUCCCCUCUUGCGGCCUCUGAGUAUCAGUGAUGCCCACAGAUUUACACCCGAUCGUAAGUCCAAAAAUCGCCUUUUGAGGUGAAAUGGUAAAUAUCGUUCAUUUUACGCUCUCUUACCCUCGAAAAUGAACAGUAGCCUUGACGAUAACUGUUGGUGGCAAUGGAAAGACGGACGCCCAACCAGCUUAACCGCCGGUCCGCGUCUUAUCGGCUGCGAUCGGGAACAUCAUCCAGUGAUCUGAUAUAUAGGACAGAACUUGCUCACUGCAAACAGUCACUCAUGCAAUGCUACUAAGGGAGGGGGGAGCGGAAUAACAGCGUCUGACUUAUCGAUCAUCGUUACUAGAACCGGUGACCCCAAACGCUUGGUAGGGGGCAAAUUUCUCCCAGUAUUCUCCCCUCCUCAAACCUCUUUCAACCUAUCACUCAUUGGCUUGCGUAAACUGGCCGAACGCACACUCUUGAAGUUUAUUUGUCAGUUCCAAUGCAUCUGCCUCACUGUCGCGUGUGUGUGUGUUGGCAGGUUAUGCCGUUUUUUUUUCCUUGUCUAACCUUCUGCUCUGAUUUCUGCCCUGUUAGCUUUGGAGGCAUUCUACGAACAUGGCUUCCCUUCCUGAUCCUGCUGACGAUUGUUCUUCUGAUCGCAUUUCUGGUCUAG